CUGUACAUUGCCCAAGUCCUCCAGCACAAUCCCCCAAUCGCCGCCGCGCCGCCUCUCCCCCAACUCCCCGGCGGAGGACGCAGCAACCCUAGGUUUUCCGCCCCGCCGCCGCAUGCAGCCCUCCGCCGAUCGACGCCGCGGCAACCCAUCCACGGCCGCCUCCCGUGGUGUAUGGCGGCCCCGAUCCGCCGCUGCGCCUACCCCCACCGCCGCUGACCCCCAUCCUCCGAUCCCCACCAACGCCGCCCCCCACCACCAUGACAACGCCGCCCCCAUCCUACCCCUCCCGAAUCCGGCCUCCGACGCCCGCCCUCACCACCGCCGCCAACGCCGCCCGAACCCCACCAACCGCCACGCCCCGCCGCAGGAGAGGGCUCCGACCAACCACAGCAACAGCAACAUCAGCAGUCACCGCCCCGCCCCGCCGCCGGACAGGGCUCCGGCCAACCACAGCAACAGCAGGAGCCACCGCCGACCCCCGCCGCAGGAGAGGACUCCGCUCGCGCCCGCGACCGCGGCCGCUCCUGCGCCGGCAGGAGCGGCGGUGCCGCAGCUGGUGCAGGAGAUCCAGGACAAGCUGGCGCGGGGCGCGGUGGAGUGCAUGAUCUGCUACGACAUGGUGCGGAGGUCGGCGCCCGUGUGGUCCUGCGGCAGCUGCUUCUCCAUCUUCCACCUCCCCUGCAUCCGCAAGUGGGCGCGCUCCCCGGCCUCCGUCUCCGACGCCUCCGACCCGGCCGCCUCCUGGCGCUGCCCAGGCUGCCAGUCCGUGCACGACGUCCCGGCCCGCGACAUCGCCUACACCUGCUUCUGCCGCCGGCGCCGCGACCCCCCCAACGACCUCUUCCUCACCCCGCACUCGUGCGGCGAGCCUUGCUCCAAGCCCCUCGGGAGGACCGAUCCUGCUGCCAAGGGCGUCUCCCCCGAUGACGAUGCUGCCCCCAGGUGCCCGCACCUCUGCGUCCUGCAGUGCCACCCUGGGCCGUGCCCACCCUGCAAGGCGUUUGCUCCGGAGCGGCCGUGCCCUUGCGGCAAGCAGUCUAUCGUGCGGCGGUGCGCGGACCGGAGUACGCCUGUUACAUGUGGGCAGCAAUGCGAACAGCUCCUCCCCUGCCGGAGGCACCGCUGCGGGAAGGUAUGCCACACCGGGCCUUGCGGGGACUGUCAGGUCAACUUCUCUGCGCAGUGCUUCUGUGGCAAGAAAACAGAGACGAUGUUGUGCGGUGAGAUGGUGGUGAAGGGGAGUCUUUCGGAGAAGGAUGGGGUGUUCUCGUGCAGCGAGGCUUGUGGCCACAGUCUGGCAUGCGGCAAUCAUGUCUGCCAGGAUGUUUGCCACCCAGGGCCGUGCGGGGAGUGCGAGCUUGUGCCAGGGAAGGUCACCACAUGUCAUUGCGGCAAGACAAAGCUGCAGGAGAAGAGGGCGAGUUGUUUGGACCCAAUCCCCACCUGUGACAAGGUCUGUGACAAGAAAUUGUCGUGCGGGCUUCAUAGGUGCAAGGUUACAUGUCACGAGGGAAAGUGUCCACCAUGCUUGGUGCGCGUUGAGCAGAGGUGCCGCUGUGGCUCAUCAGUUCAGAUGGUUGAGUGCUACAUGGUCUUGAUGGAAGAGUUCCGCUGCAACAAGCCUUGUGGCCGGAAGAAGAACUGCGGGAGGCACAGGUGCAGUGAGUGUUGUUGCCCGCUGUCGAAGCCGUUUGCUCAGCAUGAAGGUGGUGGCAACAUGGAUCCCCAUUUCUGCCAGAUACCAUGUGGUAAGAAGCUCCGUUGUGGGCAGCAUGGAUGCCAGCAUCUCUGCCACAGCGGUCACUGCGAACCUUGCCGUGAGACCAUAUUCAGUGAGCUCUCUUGUGCCUGUGGCAGGACAUCUAUUCCGCCACCACAGCCGUGCGGCACACCAACUCCAUCGUGCCCACACCAGUGCAUGGUCCCUCGGCCUUGUGGGCAUCCAGCUUCGCAUCAAUGCCAUUUUGGGGACUGCCCACCUUGCGUUGUGCCAGUGAUGAGGGAAUGCACUGGGGGACAUGUGAUGUUAAGGAACAUCCCUUGUGGUUCAAAGGAUAUUAGAUGCAACCAGCCCUGUGGAAAGAACCGUCAAUGUGGACUGCAUGCUUGUGCCAGGACUUGCCAUCCUCCCCCUUGUGAUGCGCCGACCGCAAAUGGAGAUGCGAGUUCAAGCUCUGGGAGCAAAGUUUCAUGUGGACAGUUAUGUGGUGUCCCAAGGAGGGAAUGCAAGCACACUUGCAAUACCCCAUGCCACCCAUCAUCACCUUGCCCAGACGUGAGAUGUGAAGUCCGUGUGACUAUUACCUGUUCUUGUGGCCGUAUCACUUCAACUGUGCCCUGCAGUGCUGGUGGAUCCUACAAUGGCGAUAGUAUGUUUGAUAUCUCCAUCAUACAGCAGCUGCCAAUGCCUCUCCAACACGUGGAAUCAAAUGGGAAGCGGAUACCUCUUGGGCAGAGGAAACUUUGCUGUGAUGAGGAGUGUGCAAAAAUGGAGAGGAAAAAGGUCCUUGCUGAAGCUUUUGACAUAACACCGCCCAAUCUGGAUGCAUUACAUUUUGGUGAGAACUCAAAUGCAUCGGAGUUGCUCUCUGAUCUUUUCCGGCGCGAGCCAAAGUGGGUGCUAGCCAUAGAGGAGAGGUGCAAAUUUCUUGUGCUUGGGAAGGCAAGAGGAAAUUCUUCAAGCAACAUCAAGGUCCAUGUCUUCUGUCACAUGACGAAGGAUAAGAGGGAUGCUAUCAGGCUCAUUGCAGAUAGGUGGAAGCUGUCUGUUCAGGAGGUUGGUUGGGAGCCCAAGCGUUUUGUUACCAUUCAUGUCACACCCAAGUCAAAGGCACCUGCUCGCGUUCUGGGUUCCAAGGCUGGUAUCCAUGUCUCUGCUUCCCAUCCUUACUUUGAUCCCAUGGUGGACAUGGACCCGAGGCUUGUUGUUGCAAUGCUGGACCUGCCAAGGGAAGCUGAUGUUAGCUCUCUAGUCUUGAGGUUUGGUGGGGAGUGUGAAUUGGUUUGGCUGAAUGACAAGAAUGCCUUGGCGGUCUUCAGUGAUCCAGCUAGAGCCGCGACAGCGCUGAGGCGGCUGGACCAUGGGUCUGCUUACCAGGGUGCUGCAAUGUUUUGUCCAAGCAGCACCACUCAGGCUUCGUCAUCAGGCAAUGUGUGGGUUGGAGCACAGAGGGACGGAGUAUCGGCUGCAAAGACCAGCGCCAAUCCAUGGAAGAAGGCUGGUACCUCUGAAUCUGACCCAUCUGUUGGUCAUUCUCCAGGGACAAGUCUGCUUGGCCAAGCUCCAGGGUCAGGGUGGAGGUGUGCUGACACUCCUGGUCAGGCCAUGGGUACAAACAGAUGGAAUGCUCUGGAGUCUGCUGCUGCGACAAGCUCCGGGGCAACCGACAAACGCAAGAUGCCUCCUCGCACUGAUGCUGGGUCCUCCAGCGCUUCUGCUCCUCGCCCAGACAUUGGGUCCAGUGCAGCCCCAAACGCUAGGCAAGCAGUGCCCAAGCUGCAGCCAGACUUUGAAGUGGAAGACUGGGAAGAAUCGUGCUGAGUGAUGAGGCAGAGGCGGUUUGGUCGAGAUGGCUUGUUUCUGUUCAGAUAUCAUCUUUCUCUCAUUUUCUUUUGGUUAAUAAUGUAUAUCAAGGCUCGUGUUCUGUCAAGUAGGUUCCUGCUUGUUGCCUGUUGGCUGUUCGGUCAGAAGUACUGAUUUCCUAAGGCUUCUUCUUCUUAAGACUUUUAUUUGAACUAAGAAAGAAGAUGACAUAACUUUGCCUUC